AUGCCCCCCUCAAAUGACACCAAGUUCCAUCCCCCUUCUUUCUUCCUGCUGGGGGUUCCAGGCCUUGAAGAGAUGCACAUUUGGAUCGGCUUUCCUUUUUGCUCAGUGUAUUUGAUUGCCCUUGUGGGGAACAUCGCUAUCUUGUUUGUUAUCAAGGCUGAACACAGUCUUCAUCAGCCUAUGUUUUACUUCUUGGCUAUGUUGGGCUCCAUUGAUCUGGGAUUGUCCACAUCAACUAUUCCCAAGAUGCUGGGCAUAUUUUGGUUUAAUUUAAGAGAGAUUAGUUUUGGGGGCUGUAUAGCCCAGAUGUUCUUUAUUCAUAUGUUCACUGCCAUGGAGACUGUUGUAUUAGUCGCCAUGGCCUUUGAUCGCUAUGUGGCCAUCCGUAACCCCUUGUGGUACAGCCUCAUUCUCACUAACAGAACUAUCAGUCUCAUCCUUGCGGUGACGUUUGGAGUCAAUUUCAUUUUGGUUAUCCCUCUGGUGUUCCGAAUCUUGAGGCUUCCUUUCUGUGGGCACCGUAUAAUCCCACACACUUACUGUGAGCACAUGGGAAUUGCGCGGCUGGCCUGUGGCAACAUCAAGGUGAACACGAUAUUUGGACUAAUUCUUAUAUCAAUGGUGCUGAUCGAAGUGGUUCUGAUCAUCAUCUCCUAUGUGAGGAUACUCCAAGCUGUGUUCUGCUUGCCUGCUCGGGAGGCCAGACUCAAGGCACUUAAUACAUGCGGCUCCCACUUCUGUGUCAUUCUAGUCUUCUUCACUCCAGCUUUUUUCUCCUUCAUGACUCACAGGUUCGGCAGAAGUGUCCCUGUGUACAUUCACAUUCUCCUGGCCAAUCUCUAUGUCAUUGUUCCUCCUGCCCUGAAUCCUGUCAUCUAUGGAGUGAGAACUAAGCAGAUUCGGGAGAGAGUUUUAACCAUCUUUGUGAAAACAAAUUGA